GUAUUAUUCAAUUCGUCCCCUGUCCGUCUGCCUAGGUGCCACCGUUUGCACCACCUCCCACUAUAAAGUUAUUCGCAGGGCGUAUAUUGCCUCGUCAUUAUUUGACGGACACCCGACGCUUGCUUUAUCCCUUCUUCCUUUCUUCCAUCAAUAAAUCGACGAAACUUUAAGUUGGUCAACUAACAAGCUCUAUUCCCCCAUUAGCCUUCCGGUCAAGAUGGCUUCGUCAUCAACCGCGACCCCGGAGACCUUGAUUACUCUCAAGGUUAACUUCGAUGGCGUAACCCGUCGAUUCAAGCUCCCUCUUCGUGAGCUUGUGGUAUCUACAUUGGAGGGCAAGCUUCGAAGUUCUUUGCAUAUUCCUGCGGAAACUACAGCCGCAUUUGAGCGCUACUCAGACUCGGCCGGCUCAUUUGUUCUCCUACACCCAACCAAUAUCUCUGCCUACAAGCAACUUUACCGUGCCGCCAAAGCCAAGCAAAAGUUAAAGCUGCGAGUUACCACUCAACUGCCCGAAUGCGUUCCCAUGGCUGAGGUUGAGGCUGUGCUAGAGCCGGAAGUUGAGCAGGAUGCCGAACCUGCACGCGAACCUGAAGAGGUCAAGGCACCUAAGCCCGUCACUAUUGAAGACGAGCCCGAGAUUGAACCUAAGGAGGUUGUCCAUGUUGAGCCUGCCGCCCAGGAACCUUCACCAGUUCUGGCAUGUGACGUCUUAGCCGAGACUCGCGUUGAUUUUGCCACCGAAGUCCUCGAUUCCAUUUCUGUGUCAGACAUCCACUCGAAUCUGCCCGACUUCGUUGAGCUAUGGCGUAAACAUGACAUGCCCAGUCUUCAUGUUAGACGAGACGAAGAGGGCAAUGAAUUCGUCGACCUAAUCAAACCCGCGCCUGCAGUUACCGCCGAGCCCCUGGGUGCCAUUGAGUCUAGCGAGGGAACGCAAACGAGCCCGGACGAUACCAGUCGAUGCCACUUCUCCCCUCAGAUUACCACAAACGAAGCUAUUCAUUUUCUUCAAUCGCUUCAGCAGAGACUCUCUGCCUCGAGAGAACAUACAGCGGAACAAGGAUCUCCAGAGAGUUAUUACCGCAGCACCGAGGCAAAGGAAGCGCAACCGGAAGAGGCAAAGGUGGAGGAACCUAGAAUGGAAGAAACCACGGCUUCUCCCAGUUGCCCUAAGCGUCCGUUCGCCGUAUUCUGCAACAGCUGUGACCGAGCUGUUCCUGACGCUCAUUUCCACUGUUCUACCUGUGACGAUGGCGACUUUGACCUUUGCCAAGACUGCGUCAACCAGGGCAUAACGUGUUAUGGUGAUGGACACUGGCUUAUCAAGCGAACCAUUCAGGAUGGCCGGAUCAAUUACAGCAGCACCCACGUCGCCCCUAAGAUUCCUCGACCCCAAUCUGGUAGGAUUACUGCUCCUUCGCUUAAGUUACCUAUUAGGCCCGCCGAAAGUGCGCACUUGUCUCCAGCCUGGAAUGCGUCUUUCAAUGAUCGGACCUGCAACUGUUGUGUUCAGGAUUUCCCUGGAGAGGAUUUCCUUCACUGCACGACAUGCGAUGAUUACGACCUCUGCAAGAAUUGCUUUGCCAAGAAUAAGCAUGGUCACCACCCCGGGCAUGGUUUCGUCCCUGUCGUGAAAGGUACAGUCUUCGAACACAGUGUGUCUUCGCGUCUGCCCCCCGGCCGAAAUACCACUCACAACGCCAUCUGCGACGGUUGCGACAAAUAUGUUCGCGGCAUUCGACACAAGUGCCUCGACUGUCCUGAUUGGGACUACUGCUCGGAAUGUGUCCAGAAUGCUGGCUUCAUCCACGCAAACCAUCGUUUCGUAGCCAUCUACGAGCCCUUGACUGACCGGGCCAUGCAAUCCGUAUCUCGUACCACCCACCUCGGCAUCUGCUGUGACGGUCCAUUAUGUGCAGCUACCCGCGGAAGCCCGUCCAAGUACAUUGUUGGCGUACGAUAUAAGUGUGCCGUCUGCAAUGAUACUGAUUUCUGCUCCAACUGCGAGGCUAGCCCUUCCAACACGCAUAAUAAGACGCAUCCUCUGAUCAAGUUCAAAACGCCGGUGCGUCACGUUAGCGUCACCACCACUGGUGAGCACGAGAAUGGCCAGCGCAUGCCCGCGAUGGGCGAUCGCACUACUCGAGCUACAGCAACGGAUGCCUCCAUUCACGAGAGCAUUGCUGCCACGCCUGUGCAGACCGUAGUCGAUGUGCAACCUACCGAGCAGCAGCUCCCUAAGUCGGAGGAGAAAGAGGAAGCCGAAGUAGAAGUGAAGGAAGAAGUGGUAGACCCAGAGGUAGCAACUCUUGUAGAGAAGCAAUCAACUACGCCUGACCUAGUUGCUGUCUUCCAGCACGACAGAGUUCCUGAUGGAACUAUCCUGCCUCCUAACCACACUUUCGAGCAGGUCUGGGUUCUCCGAAAUGAGGGCACAGAUGCUUGGCCAGCUGGGUGCUCGGUCAAGUUUGUUGGCGGUGACUACAUGGGAGCUGUCGAUCCCGCUCACCCGGCUGGUAUUCACGAGCUGGUUUCGGCUUCGGAGUCGACUAUUUGCUACAACGCACUUAGCCCCGGCCAGGAGUUCCCGUUCACCGUCUUGAUGCGCACUCCCGACCGAGAGGGAAAGGUGAUUUCUUACUGGCGAUUAACCACCCCUGACGGUGUCAAAUUCGGCCACAAACUGUGGUGUGAUGUAACUGUCCAGGCACUCCCGAAGGUCGUAGAGGCGCAGCCUCUCCCCAAGCAAGAGGAGGCUAGCAGUUCAUCUGCUCCUGAUUUGGCCAAGAGCCAGAUGAUCAUUCCCAAGUUGGAGCAUGAAUCACCAUCUGCUAGCAUGCAUGAGAUUGCUCGAUCAGAGAGAGAAAUGGAGACGGAGACGGAGACGCUCGCACAAUCGGUGCAGGAGGAAGAGGAAGACUUUGAGGAUUGUGAUGAAGAUGAGGAGUGGGCGGAAUCUGACGAGGGUUUUAUGACCGAUGAGGAGUACGACAUCCUCGAUGCAUCGGAUGAAGAAUACCUCUCAGAAAACCACAAGCCAGCAUCGAAGAAGUAAGCAAUAGUGAGAUGCCUCGCAAUGCGUUCGGCUAAGAGCACUACCUUAGUAGGACAGUUUCGAGGGUGGACUUCGUGGCAAAGAACGAAUGGCGUUAUUUCUGUGUGCUGUCUAUUUCUUCCUUCCCGUUCCGGUGCCGGGGCCUAGGAGUAUCCCAUUACUGACGGAUUUGCUUGUUUUCGGGUAGAGGUCACGACGACCUCUACAGAUGCCACAUCACCUUCCCAUCUCAUUCCACUCAUUAGUUAGGCAACAGGAACAGAUUGUUGGCAUGCGCAGGAGCUAUAGGGAUAGGGUCCGGUAGCUCAAUUCACUUGUGUUCAUUAAAAAUUGUGUGAAUUAUGAUGUACUUUCACUAGGUGCUACCACGUCUUUAAAUGUGCUAUCUUUGAUUA